AACCGUCUUUGAAGACCGUCAAAGUCAGGCUGUCUCUUCCCAGUUCCCACUCAAAACUCUUGACUGCCUCCUCAUAGAAAAGCCCUAACUGGUUGGAUAGUUGGUUUGAGAAAAAAAAAAAUUAAAAAUAAAUCAAGGGUUUUAUCUGUCGACAUGGACGGGGAAAACGACUUCGAUCGCAUCCUAUUCUUCGAACAAGCUCGCACGUUCGCCGAAGCCACCUACGCCAAAAAUCCCCUCGAUGCCGAUAAUUUAACUCGAUGGGGAGGGGCGUUGCUCGAGUUAUCGCAAUUCCACAAUGUUCCCGAAUCAAAGAUAAUGAUGCAAGAUGCAAUAUCAAAGCUGGAGGAGGCAUUGAUGGUCAAUCCUAAUAAGCAUGAUGCUCUUUGGUGCUUGGGGAAUGCACACACUUCUCGUGCUUUUCUGACUCCGGAUCAAGAUGAAGCUAUGGGUUAUAUUGAUAAGGCAACUCAGUAUUUUCAACAAGCUGUUGCUCAGGAUCCGGAAAAUGAACUUUACCGCAAAUCUCUAGAAGUGGCUGCUAAGGCCCCUGAGAUGCACAUGGAGAUUCAUAAGCACGGUUUUAGCCAGCAGGCUACAGGGACCGAGCCUUCCACUUCUUCAACUUCAAAGAGUUCGAAGAAAAAGAACAGUGAUAUUAAGUAUGAUAUAUUUGGGUGGAUAAUCCUUGCAGUUGGCAUUGUUGCAUGGGUGGGAUUUGCAAAAUCUCAUGUACCUCCACCUCCUCCAAGCUAAGCCAAUCAUUUGGCACAUAUCCACGGUAGUUGAGGAACCACAUCCAUUAGAGGCCUUUUCUUGCUGACAUGUCAAAAUUUUCCUUCCAUUUGCAAGUUAAUUUAUUGACCUGAUUAAUGUUUUUGACCAUUGUAAACUGAAUAUUAAGAAAGAACAUAUAUUUUUUAUGGUUAAGCAGCUGUUCUGAACAUGCUAGAUGCAUUUGUAUUGCAUCUAUUUACCCUCCUUUUUCAAGUGUGAUUUUAUUUUUCUUCGUUUUGGGGGGUGGUAGGGGAUGUUUUGUUUGACACAGCAGAGGGUAGGAGCGGAGACAGCCAAUUGUGAAGUUGAGGGUGGUAUCAUGUAAUGCACCAGUUGACUACUUUUAUAAGACUUCCAACAUAGGGUCUGGAACUUAGUACUACCCCAAUUUGAGGAAUGCUAAAGGUUUUCUGUGC